CACACACUACCAACUCUCUCUCUCUCUCUCCACCCCCCCUUGCUAUCUCGAUCUUUUAUUCUGAGCAGUAGAACCGGUGCCGAGUCAGGAAUGGAAACCAACACAAGAUUCCUGAAGAAUUAAACGCAGCCCCGGAUGACUCCGGCAUGGUGAACGACAGGUGGAAAAGUACGGAUGGAGGGCAGCAGGACAGCCCGGAGCAAAACACCCAGAAGCUGAGCUGUGGCUACGUGCUAUGUAUGGUCCUGCUCUUCCUGGCAGUGUUACUGGCUGUGGCAGUAACAGGAACCCUCCUCUUCCUCAACCACUAUCACCAUGGCACGGAAGCACCACCUCUCAUCAGCACCAACCAGGACAAGACACAGGCUCUGGUUACCAUAGACCAGGCUGACAGCUCAAGGAUUAGCAUCUUUGUGGACCCCAACUGCCCGGAUUACAAGACAGACUUGGACCGCUUGGAAGGACUCCACUCAUCGGUUCUCACUGCCGUGUCCAGCCAUGGGGAGGAGAUGGGGGCAACUGAAGGGCAGGAUAUGGCGAUGCAGGUCACAGGGACAGAUAAAGUGUCCAAGCUUUCGGCCCAACUGAGGCAGGAUUAUGAGGCCUUGAAACAGGGCCAAGGCAGCUUGAGACAGGAACUGAAUUCACUCCAGUCAGAGCAAGGCAGGUUAAUUGAGCUGCUCUCAGAGAGUCAAAUAAACUUGGUUAACGUCAUCGGUUCGAUGACAGAUGCACUGGAUUCUCUCCAGAGAGAACAAGGAGCCUUAAAGCCCCAUGUGAAGGCAAAUCUGGUGAAAGGACCAACUAGACAUCGCCCCAAGCAUUGCCCAAAUGACUCUCGCCCCAAAGACUGCUAUGACAUCUUCUUGAGGGGUUACAAAGAGGAUGGAAUCUAUUCUGUUUUUCCUACCCAUUAUCCUGGAGGAUUUCAGGUCUCAUGUGACAUGACUGUGGCUGGAGGAGGCUGGACAGUAUUUCAGCGGCGGAAAGAUGGAUCAGUGGAUUUUUUCAAAGGAUGGGAUGCCUACAAAGAUGGAUUUGGGAGGAUAACAGGAGAGCACUGGUUAGGUUUGAAGAGGAUUCACGCUCUCACCAUUCAAUCACACUACGAACUCCGUGUGGAGAUGGAAGACUUUGAGAACAGCACAGCCUAUGCUCAGUAUGGGACAUUUGGGAUUGGACUGUUCUCUGUUGAUCCAGAAAGGGACAGCUAUCCACUGACUGUGGCAGAGUACACCGGAACUGCAGGGGACUCCCUCCUGAAGCACAGCGGCAUGAGAUUCACAACCAAGGAUCGGGACAAUGAUCUCUCCAUGAAUAAUUGCGCUAUGUUCUACCAUGGCGCCUGGUGGUACCAUAAUUGCCAUACUUCUAACCUCAAUGGCCGAUAUCUGAAGGGCCACCACACCUCUUAUGCAAAUGGAAUCGAGUGGUCAUCCUGGACCGGCUGGCAAUAUUCACUCAAAUUUGUAGAGUUGAAGAUCAGGCCAAAAAAUGGAGGACAAUAAAAAAAAAAGAGGUUUAGCAAUGUGACUCAAUCCUUGAUUGCUAACAAGCAUUGAGUUCAUGAAACAGCUUCAUGCAUAAUUUUAGUAAAGCAUUAUGCACAUAUGGACCCUAUAUAUGUCAUACAAUCACAUGUCCAGUACAAAUAUGCAUAUGCAUUAUUAAAUGCCAUAUACAUUUGCAAAGAAUACAUACAUGUGUACAUUAAAUGUGGAUGUGUUUCUAUAUGUAUGUACAUGUAUAUGUUAUUAUGAAGCUAAUGUGUAAUGAAUGCCCUGGUUACACUACAUCUGGAGGAUUGUGUAAAAGUUUGGGGACGGCACCUGGAAUAGACAUUCACACAAUGUAUCAGGCUCAAAGAAUUGUAUUUUGAGAGCAGACUGCGUAAACUAGGCUUGUAUUUCCUUGAAUUAAAAAAAGGUUAAGGAUGA